AUGCCCGUCGAGCUUCGCAAGCGCAAGGCCCCGCCGCCGCCUCCCGCGCCGGUGAAGAAGCAGGCCACCAAGGCCACCAAGGCCGCCGCCAAGGCCAAGGCUAAAGUCGAGGACGCCGCCUCCAAGGCUGCCGAAACCGCUUCCAAGGCCGCUGAGGUCACCACCGAGACCGCCACCGCCGCUGCCCAGGCGGCUGCCGAGGCCGUUGCCAACGGCGCUGCGAAGGUGGCUACGGCUCUGGCCGGCAACCCCAAGGUCGGCGACCUCAUUGACCUGGACAACUUUGGCGGUGAGGUUGAGACCAACGACGGCACCAAGACCAGCUUGAAGAAGCUCGUUGAGGAGAGCAAGGCUGGUGUGGUGCUGUUUACUUAUCCCAAGGCUUCUACUCCUGGCUGCACGCGACAAGUCUGCCUCUUCCGCGACUCCUACACCGCCCUCUCCUCCGCCACCGGCCUCUCCAUCUACGGCCUAUCCUCUGACUCUCCCAAAGCCAACACCACCUUCAAGGAGAAGCAGAAGCUCCCUUACCCCUUGCUGUGCGACCCCUCGUACGCCUUGAUCGGCGCCAUCGGCCUGAAGAAGGCUCCCAAGGGCACCACCCGCGGCGUCUUUGUCGUGGACAAGUCAGGAAAAGUCCUGGCUGCGGAGCCCGGCGGCCCCGAGGCGACGGUCAAGGUGGUGGAGAGGGUGGUGGCUGAGAUG